AUGGAUGCUACCUGCCAGUUCCUAAAAGCGUCUGCUGCCAUAUGCCAGGCGGCAUGGGCGAUUCACGGCGAGGAUGCUCGACAGCAGUCUGCAGACAAAGGUUAUCUUACCGCAAUGUCAACAGAGCUCCACCAUACCGUCCAGUCGCUACUAAACACGAGAGUGGUCUUAAAAGAUGAAGUUUCAGCUCUUAAUAAUGCUUGUUUGAAAGUGGGACGCGAUCUUGUGAUUCGUCUUGAUCGUGCCAAGGAGUUUGUCGAUCCCCGUGAAAUAUGGACACAAGAUGCCAUCGAAGCUCUUGCAAUACGGCUUGUCGCCUUGAUGCGCCGAUACAAGGCCAUUAAUCCCGGAUCCGACGUCCUCCGAGAUGAACGAGCUUUCCCGUGCUUCAGGUCCACCACGCCCCGAAAACAUCAACUAUUCAGGGAUGACAAGCGUCAAUUUGAGAAACAAAUCUCCUGCGAGUCGCAAUCUUCCACGAGUACUUUCAGCCCUGUCCCAGAGAGCUUAGCCAUAGAUGUGAGGGUGCUUGUGUCCAGUUCAGAGCCUAAAAGUGCUCCAGUGGACCUCCUAAACGAAUUCAUUCUCGAAAAUUUGGCGUUCAAAGACAUGCAUGACAGGGAGAAAAACGUCGCUAAAUCACACGGGAAGACGUUCGAAUGGAUUUUCGGUGCGGACGGCCGUCAGGGGAAGGUCGAAAAUGAGUUUCGUCACGACUUUUCUGCAUGGCUCGAAACUAACAACUACGGUCCCAUAUUCUGGAUGACAGGCAAGCCGGGGUCAGGAAAGUCGACACUCAUGAAAUAUCUAUACGAACAUCCAGCCACACAUGCAUUAUCUCGAAAGUGGGCAGGUGCCUUGCCCCUUUCAACCGCAGGAUUUUUCUCAUGGGCUAGUGGGAGCAAAGAGCAGCGGUCAAAGAGCGGACUCCUCAGAUCUCUUUUGUAUCAGUUUCUCUCGGUCAAUCCACAUCUCAUCCCUCGCACGUUCCCUAAUCUUUGGACCAAAAUCCGUACCAUGACCUCCAAGGAGAGAAUCGCGCUCCAUCUCGAAUUGGAUAUAGAUGAGCUUUUGGAGGCCUUCCAACUGUUCAUGGGUGCAGCACUUUCGGAAAUGAAAAUCUGUAUUUUCAUUGAUGGCCUCGAUGAAUUUGAGGAAGAUCACCAGGAACUCACAAAUUUCUUCAAGAAAUACAGCCUUGAUGGCAGCGUCAAAAUUUGUCUCUCUUCGCGCCCCUGGAACACGUUUGAAGCAGCCUUCCAAACCACGGGGCCUAGUGUCAAACUACAAGAAAUCACACAACCUGAUCUCCACCAAUACGCAAUCGACAGGCUAAGAGAAAAUGCUGUUGUUCGUCGUAUUCUUAGAAAUAAGGCACAAGAGACGGAGGCAUUGUGUCAGGCGAUAGUUGACAGGGCAGACGGAGUUUUCCUAUGGAUCAAGCUGGCUUUGAAUGAUAUCUUGAAAGGUUUUGACCCUAAAAAAUAUCUACCUGGGUUGCGAGACCGGUUGGAUCAACUUCCAGCAGAGUUGGACGGUUUGUACGAAAAGUUUUUGCUUCAAGAUCAAACCGAUACCCAAAUCGCUGGGACGGCAACUUUUCUCCUGCUCAUUGAAGCGCGAGAGACUGUGGCAGAAUUUGUCAAUGAUACAUCAGCGAGCUCUCUCACGGUGUGGGAGCUGACCUUUGCUUUGGAACGAGGUGAUGACGACUAUGCCACGGACGGGGACUUGGCGCAGGUGCCCGACGCCUUUAUCCGUGAACGCUGCAAUGAUACAAUAGAGUGCAUGCAUCAACGAUUUGCUGGACUAUUGAGUCUUCAAGGGAGGCAGAGUCAAAAUCACCGGCCUACUCUCAAAUUUUCGGACAAUGUCGAACUUGAAGGGGACAGUGCAUCUAUACGCCAACUGGCGGACACAAAAGUCACCUUCAUCCAUCGUACAGUACGCGAUUGGCUGCGAGUCGGCCAUGUUCGUAGACGACUUGAGCAGAGAAUAUCAGCUGGCUUCGAUCCUCAUUUGCGGCUUUUACGAUCACAUGUGCUCCGGUUCAAGAGACCGAUGGAAGAAAUUGAGCAUCACCGACGGUUUAAUGAGUGGUGGCCAGACGUGACUCUCGCAAUGACUCAUUCCAGAUACAUCAUUGAUGACACUGAGAAGAUGCAACGCUGCUUUUUGAAUCAACUCAACAAAACUCUCUCGUGGCUGUGGGAUACUAAUGCGGAUCCGAACGACCAUUGGGCUGCCAAAGCGUUUGGAUUCUUUCACGUUCGAAAAAAGGCACCACCAAUAUGGCAUCCUUUCUUAUGCUUAGCCACGAAAUUCGGUUUAACUACCUACGUUUCCGAAGAAUUAGACGCAUGGAUUUCGCAGGGCAACCACGACGUUCCCGGCAACAGGAUGCCGACCUUUGACGAAAAAGCCACUCCUCUUCUCACGUAUGCGACCGAAUUUCUAUGCUCACGAGAGAGAUCCAUUUACCCGCUGUCAGAUCCCAACAUGAUACACAAUCUUCUCGAACGGCGUCAUCCUAUUAACCCGGGCCCAAACCACGGGUACAUUGAUUUCGAAACCAAGGCUCCUAUGACCUCGUGGGUGAGCCUUUUGCGGCAUCUCCGAGAUGCGCACCGACGGCGCCUGAUAGGAUACUUUGACACCGACCCAAACGGCAUUACGCGUUGGGCGGAGAUCGUGCGGCUUUUUGUGAGAGGCAGUGCGGAUAUUGAUGCUGUUGUUGCGGCAGAUCCCUGGGACCCGGAAGUAACGACGGUUGUCAUUAUGGAGGUGUUGGCCGACACAUAUUUUGCGGUGGAGCUGGAAGAACUUAAGCGCCUUAUUUAACUGCGCGCGCUACAUAUCUCACCACCAGAGUGGGCAUAUUAUUGCUGA